CACACCGCACCCGCACGCGCUCUACACUCGCGAGCUCAUCCUUGCGCACACCGACUCACAGGCGCCAAUCAUGCGACGUCUGAGCCUGAUGCUGACCUCGCUCUCGCUCUCGCUGUUGAUCUGGGCCAGCAUCUUCAGCGAAUCGAUUGCCUCAUCGGAUCACAACGACACCCAGGCAGACUCGUCGCUGUGGGGCACCUAUCGACCAGGUCUAUACUUUGGCGUGCGCGCUCGACUGCCCGACUCUCCCCUCUUUGCCUUUUCGUGGCACGGCCUGCAAGACUACAAUACCUUUUCAAACACCCGCUUCGAAGCUGGACAAGGCGGUGAUGACAUUCAAUCGUACGGCUGGACCCAUCACGAUGGACGAGGAUACGGUAAAGAGUGGAUCGUGGAUAACAAGGUGAAUGUCAGGCUGCAGAUAGAGUGGAUCAGAGUUUUGCACGGCUGGACCGCCAGGAUCAGCGGUGAGCCCAUCGACGCUGCGCGACCCUGCUUGGUGAUGAGCUACCUGCACAUCUCAUCGCGCACCGAAUUGGAGGCCACCUUUGAUGAGGACGCAGCAAACGACAUUGGUGGACUGCCGGCGCAUCCCGCGACGUCGCAGCACGAACCGUUCGUGACGAGCACGCACGCGGAUGCUCGCAUAGGCAAGUGGACUCUGGGAGUGCGAGAAUCUGCAGAGGUCAGAAAUCAGCCGGCAGAUGCAGAGGAGCCGGCCGAGCAGGCGUGGAGUUUCCUAGGCGAAAAGGUGGAUCAGACUUGGGAUACGCAGACCAUGAUCGAUCGAGCGAAUCAGGAUACGAUCAGAUCGCACUUGCAAGAAGUUGGUCACGAGAAUGUCCCUCCGCCGGCUCAUCUGCUCGCUCUACCCAACGAGCUGGCCAGCUCGACCAAUGCGGUGGCCUUUGCGCGCGGGUUCCAAGGCGCCUUUUCGUUCGAUGUCUACUUUACCACAAACGGCGCCGAAAAAUCUCUGAGUGGCAAGGAGCUCACAGCUGCUCUAUCUGCGAGUCGGGAAGCGUACGACGAGCGCUUCGAUGGCGUGCUCGGGCUCGCAGCAAAAGGCUACGACUCUGCUCGUGUCCGAUUCGCAAAGGAACUGACGAGCGGCUUGAUAGGAGGCAUCGGAUAUUGGGCCGGAGCGGGCGUGGUGGACAGGAGCUUCAAGCACCCGUGGGAUGAGAGUACCGGAACAGGAGCGAUGGACUUUGAUGAGCUCGCCACUACUGAACCGGAUCCGCGUCUAACGGAAGAGAUGCAGCUCUUUAGCGCAACGCCUAGCAGGAGCUUCUUUCCGCGAGGCUUCUACUGGGAUGAAGGCUUUCAUCUGGCGCACAUCGGAGUCUGGGAUAAUGACCUGAGCCUCGAGAUUCUAGAGUCUUGGAUCGAUCUCAUCGACGACGAUGGCUGGGUUGCUCGCGAACAGAUCCUGGGUGAUGAAGCCCGCAAGCGGGUGCCGCGCGAAUUUCAGACGCAAUACCCUCUGUAUGCCAACCCGCCAACCUUGACGAUGGCUUUGGGCAUGUACAUUGAUCGUCUCAUGGCUGCGCAACAGCAGGGUCAAGGUGCUGCCGGAGACGUCGCGUUCGACGCUUCUUUUGGUGGCGACGCAUCGCCUCAGCAAGUCUUUGGCUCGCGCUCGCGCUCCUCCUUCUCCGAAAGGCACCUCAACGACCCGGAUCUCGCCCGCUCUUUUCUCGCGCGCAUAUAUCCCAAGCUGCGGACGCACUAUCAAUGGUUCAGGAGAACACAACGUGGAGAGAUUGAGCAGUGGGACAGGACGGCGAGAUCUCGAGAAGCCUACAGGUGGAGAGGCAGAACCAAGACUCACGUGCUGACUUCGGGCCUGGACGAUUAUCCGCGCGCGCAAACGCCUCAUUCUGGCGAGCUGCACUUGGACCUGAUCAGCUGGAUGGGCUUCUUUGCGCAGACGAUGCAAAAGAUUGCAAAGGCGACUGGAGAGGAAGUAGACGCAACAGAGUACGAGGAGCAUUACAAGGGCGUACUAGAGAACCUCGAAGAUCUGCACUGGAGCGAAAAAGACCAGCUGUAUUGCGAUGCUGCGGUGGACGAAGGUGACACCUCCUUUCACGUUUGUCAUCGGGGCUACGUCUCCCUCUUUCCAUUCUUGCUCGGCUUGCUACCGACAGACAGCCCGCACUUGAAGUCUAUACUCGACAUGAUCGAAGAUCCAGCGCAUCUGUGGAGCAAAGCGGGCAUCCGAAGUCUGAGCAAGCAGGACGUCUUGUUCGGCAAAGACGAGGACUACUGGCGCUCUCCCUCUUGGGCACCCAUGAACUAUCUCGCCUUGGGAGCGUUGCACAAGAAGUACGCUGCGCUGCCUGGUCCGCACCAAAUGCGCUGCGGGAAGCUGUACGAGGAGCUCAGAAGGACAUUUGUGGACAAUGUGUACCAGGAGUACAAGCGCACCGGUUUCGCGUGGGAACAGUACUCUACGCAUCCAGAGAGCGAAGGACAAGGCCGAAAGAACAAACCGUUCACUGGCUGGACGAGCCUGGCGGCGCUCAUGAUGGCCGAGAUAUACUAAAGAGUGACUGCACCCCCCCUUGCAGCAACAUCGUCGUCGUCGUCGUCGCGUCGCGUACGCCCGCUUUUGAACGAUGCGCAUUGCCGAAA